CCUGGUAGCUUAUAGGUUAAAAAGAAUUACUCUGGCAGGACGCUCAUAUAAUAUGUAUUAUUAUGAGGCCCACGUCGAUUCUCAAUGGUUCUUCUCGUUCCCUCCUGGGAAAACAAAUUAUUUUGGCAUUUCGCUGCCGUCGUCAUUCUCAUCUAUUUAGAUAAGGGGAUAUUGGAUGUAGUUGACUUCAACCGCCUCACUUCUGAAGUGAUCUAUUGAGGUGCCGCAACAGAGAUUAUAGUCGAGAAUAUAUGGCGUAUUAAUUGGACCGAAAUAUCGACAGCUAGAAGCUGCUUAAUACGGUACAGGAUAAUAAGGCCUAGAUUUUCAUAUGAUUGCGUUCAGAUGACAUUUGAUAAUGAUGCAGGAUCAUAAUUUUACCGACGAUGUAUUUGAUGAAAAUCAUGGAGCUUCUCCUCUUCGCUACAUAUUGGUCACCGUCUUCUAUAUACCUUGUAUGAUCAUAACUUUCAUCGGGAAUACAUUCGUCCUGAUGGCAUAUGGAAGGGAUAGGAGAAUUCGAGAAAGCAUAACCCACGCCUACAUCCUCAACCUAGCUUUUGCAGAUCUCCUGGUUGGUGUCGUUUUGUUGAUUAACGCAGAAAUAUUUUACACAAGAACAUGGAGUUUGGGCGGUUGGAUGUGCAUUUUAGCCUGGGUGUUGGACUUCUCUGCAACGAAUGUCUCGAUGUUGACGAUCAUUGCCAUAAGCGUCGACAGGUGUCUUAUGGUACAGAACCCACUGCGACAUCGUUCAAGACAAACCUUCAAGCAGGUAGCCAUCAUUUGCAGUAUUCUGUGGACAAUCUGCAUAGCUUCACAUGCAACCCUUGCCCUAACCUUCUCUUCCAGAACUGACUUCCUCCGCGACGAAGAAAGAAUCGCCUCCUGUGACCUUGGCUAUGGGAAUAAUGUUGCCAUUAUCUCGGUGAUGUUCGUUAUAGGAUACUUACUGCCUGGCCUCAGCGUCUUUUUUCUCAAUCUCAAAGUCUACUCCCAACUAAAGAGACGUUCAAGUACCUUCCAGACUACACUUACUCUUGACCCGCUAGGUUCCAGAGAACUGCCUAUAGGCGGUCGUCAACACCACCGGACCAGCUCGGUUAGAUAUAAUGACAUGCGGAUACACAGAAGCAGCACAACAAGUCUCCAACAUCGAAAAUUCGCAAGGUUCUUGACACUUCUACUGAUAGUCUUUGUGUUAUGUUGGUCUCCAUUCUACAUCUACCAUUGCUAUAUAUUUGUGACUUCAACGGGAAACUACAGCGUAGUGGUAGAUAAUGUCGCCUCUCUUAUUCUUUGGUCGAAUUCCGCCAUCAAUCCAUUCCUUUAUGCUUUCACCAACGUCUUAUUCAAGGAAAAUUUCAUGAAUUUUCUGAGAUGCAAGUAAGGUGAUUCUCAAGGAGCAAGUGAUUUUAUCCAAAUUACUUUUUUAUUGUCGAAUCGAGGACUUGAUUUUGAUUUGAUUUUAUUGUUUUAUUCGUAUCAGUCGUAUAAUACAUUUUUCCAUAACAUAAUAAUAUUAGAAACAUUUUUGGCAUGAAUCAUAGAUAAAAAAAAUGAUAACAAAUUAUAACAAACAAAAAUGAUUGCAGGAGAAGAAUUGUCAUCAUAAACAGAUUGCUUGAAAGAAAAAUGACAACCCCAGAUUUAAAACCCAUUAAUAUUAAUAAUACCUUUAUACAGCAAAAGCGUUUUAAGUAUGCCAAUGCUUCGUUUUAAUUUUUAGGCCUUUCGUAUGCUGUGAUUGAGAUAUGUCAACUUGAAGCAAUUCUUGAAUACACCCCAGAAGUUUUGAUCAUUUGGUUAGUCGAUGGACCUACCAAAGUGUUCGUCAAAAGAUAUCCAUAUUUGUUUUCCAUAGUGUUAAACAUCCAUCUGCUUGUAUAUAUAAUAUAGGUUGGGGCCCGUUUCGUAAAAAACAAAUUUGCAAUAACAUGCAGUUUAGAGCUAUACUGAAAUCAACGUGCGUUUGUAUAUAUAUGAUUCUAUUUAAAACGGUUCCCAGACGUUGACUAAACUAAUGUUUUUUUUUCUUAGCUUGUACAAUAUACAUAUCCAGUUGUUACAGUUUAUCCCAGAAAACUUAGAGAACCCCGGUUUUCAGACAAAGAUAUCACAAUGUGUUAAUUAAAAAUCUGAUUAUUGAGGGAAAUCUUUUCUCUGAUUGAAAACUUACUGAAUUUCAUGAAAUCUAAAAUCUGCCAGAUAAACGAUUUGCGCAGAAACUCAUCUAUAAAUCUUUUUAUUAACGCAAUUUUUACAUUUUUAUUUCAGAGUCAUUAGUCAUGUCUUUUCAACUCCACGAUGGUGUCGAUAAACCAUUUAUCUAAGUUGUGAAAACAAAUAUGUGGGGCUCAUGGUUUUUUUUUUCUGGAAUGUAGUGUGUAAGCAAAAGUACGUUUUGAGAUAUUGUGCGUGCCGCUUCAUAAACUGUAACAAAUAUUAUGAAUCAUGUCGAUUUAUUAAAGGUCAAGUCCACCCCAGAAAAAUGUCAAUUUAAAUCAGUCGAGAAGAAUAAAAAAAGCAUAACACUGACAAUUUCAUCAAAAUCGGAUGUAAAAUAAGAAAGUUAAGACAUUUUAAAGUUUUGCUUAUUUUUCACAAAACAGUUAUGCACAACUCAAUGACAUGCAAAUUAGGGAGUCGAUGAUGUCCCUCACUCACUAUUUCUUUUUCUUUUUUUUAUUGUUUGAAAUAUACGAUAUUUCAAUUUUACAGAUUUGACAAUAAGGACCAACUUGACUGAUCAUAAAAAUGUUAAGACAAUGGCAAUUCCAGGUGUUCAGAGAGGAACGAAACUAAAUGAUACUUUGUUUCACAGGACAAAAAGGAGAAAAUUUGAAUAUUUCAUAAUGAAAUUCAAAAUAAAUAGUGAGUGAGUGAUGUCAUCAGUCCCCUCAUUUGCAUACAGACCAGGAUGUGCAUAUAAUUGUUUUGUGAAAUUAACUUUAAAAUGUCAUAACCUUCUUAUUUUACAUCCGAAAUUGAUGAAAUUUUCAGUGUUAUGCUUGUUGGAUUUUUGUCUUUUUAUUCAAAUAAUUUCUUUCUUGGGGUGAAUUUGUCCUUUAAUUUUGGUUUAACAUAUCACUUUGUAUUUAUACGGGUUGUUACAUUAUUUUGUGUGUGGGCUAUGACGGUAUUAUGAUAAUUUGUCAAUCAAAAUAUCCCCUUAUUUUGCGGGGAGGAGGGGGCUACUAAACAGAGUCCGCGGAGUGGUUUUGAAAAUGUGUGGGAUGCGUGUGUGUGUGUUUGUUUGGGGCUGACCAUGUAAAAGCACAAUCAUUUAUGAUAAUUUUUGUACACGUUUAUUGAAGAAAUCCCCUCCCUCUUCCCGACUUCCGUGGUCUCUUACUGCUAAGAGGCGAGUGUAUAUAGACCUGCCCCAUAUUAUGCCUCAGUUGCUUCUGCCCAUUCAAUGAAAUAUUAAGACCUAAGUAUCCACCUGCUCUGUGUAUGUAUUCGUGUGUUCAUCAAUAUUUUACGGGUGAGUUCCUUUCAAGAUGAAGUAAAGCUUUACAUCAAACAAGAAUUGAGGUACUUGCAUUCUUGGAAAAGAUGAUCGCCAUAUUAAAUUUAGUCAACGUACAGGCUAGGAGUAAUAUACAAUGGCAGAAGAUGGGGUUAUAUUAAAAAAAAUAAGGACAUUUUUCUUCUAAUUCGUCGGGAUCAUAGGGGAGGGACUUGCAGGUACAAUGUGAUAUUUCGAUAUUUCAAUGUCAAAGGCUGUAAUUUACCACCACCACUACUACUACCACUUCUAUACUACUACUGAUACUACUACUACUACUACUACUACUACUACUACUACUACUACUACUACUACUAGUACUACUACUACUACUACUACUACUACUACUACUACUACUACUACUACUACUACUACUACUACUACUAUACUACUACUACUACUACUACUACUAC